AGUCCAUCUGAUCUCCUCCCGGGAUGAACCACAGACAGGCGCCGGGGACGGCAACCGCUCUGAGCCCGGACAGCCCGCGGGCCAGAAGCCGGGACAACCUGCUGGCGUACGAUGACUUCCCAGAGGAUUGUAGAUGGUUUGGCCACAGCCAACUGCUGGCUCGUCUCAGCGCCGUCAAGCGCCGCCAGGCCCUGCGGGGCCCGGCACACAUGUUCACGGUGCCGUCCGUGGGCCCCUCCGAGGUGGAGCAGCGCUUCCUGGAGGCGGCCGAGUACGGCAACAUCCCCGAGGUGCGCCGCAUGCUGCUGCACGUGCCCCACCUGAACGUCAACACCGUCAACUACAUGGGCCAGAACGCCCUGCAGCUGGCUGUGGCCAACGAGCACCUGGAGGUGACCGAGCUGCUCCUGGGGAGGCAAGACCUGGCUCGUGUGGGAGACGCCCUCCUGUUGGCCAUCAGUAAGGGUUACAUCCGCAUCACUGAAGCCUUGCUAGCACACCCUUCGUUCCGAGACGCCCAUCGUCUGACGGCCAGCCCUGCUCAAGUGGACUUGCUCGAUGACUUUUACGCCUACGACGAAGAUGGGACAAGGUUCUCCCACGACGUGACUCCCGUGAUCCUGGCGGCGCACUGUCAGGAAUACGAGAUCGUCCACACCCUGCUGAAUAAGGGGGCUCGCAUUGACCCGCCCCAUGACUACUUCUGCUGCUGCAACUCGUGCAACUACCAGCAGCAGUUUGAUUCCUUCAGCCACUCGCGCUCUCGCAUCAAUGCCUACCGCGGACUGGCGAGUCCAGCCUACCUCUCCCUGUCCAGCGAGGAUCCGGUGCUGGCUGCCCUGGAGCUCAGCAAUGAGUUGGCCAUGCUGGCGAAUAUUGAGAAGGAGUUUAAGAACGACUAUUGUCGCUUGUCCAGUCAGUGUAAGGACUUUGUGGUGGGCCUCCUGGACCUGUGUCGCAGUACUGAGGAGGUGGAGGCCAUACUGAACGGGGAAACAAAUUGCGAAGAUAGCUACGACCCGCCCGGUCGCCCUUCUCUCACCCGCCUCAAGUUAGCCAUCAAAUAUGAACUGAAAAAGUUUGUGGCCCAUCCCAACUGCCAGCAGCAGCUGCUGAGUAUUUGGUACGAGAAUCUACCUGGCCUCCGGCAACAGACGACCGCUAUCAAACUCCUGGUGGUCCUGGCGGUGGCUAUGGGGCUACCAGGGUUAGCUUUGGCUUACUGGAUUGCACCGUGCAGUAGAGUGGGGCAGGUGAUGCGCAGCCCCUUCAUGAAAUUUGUGGCCCACGCGUCGUCUUUCACAAUCUUCCUGGGCCUGCUGAUACUGAACGCUGCGGACCGAUUUGCAGGGACCACGUUGUUGCCCAACAUGACGCACUACCAUGUGCCAGAAACAUCCAGGCUGAGCACGGACCCAAUGCUGCUCUACCGCAUGACCACAACGCCAUUCACCUGGAUGGAGAUUCUCAUCAUCUCGUGGGUUAUGGGUAUGAUCUGGGCCGAGGUGAAGGAGAUUUGGAGUCUCGGACCUGGCGAAUACCUGGUGGAACCGUGGAACUUCCUGGACUUUGGGAUGCUGGCGAUUUUUCUGGCGUCUUUCAGUUGCCGCUUCUCUGCCUCGAGACACGCCAGCUACGCGCAGACUUUCGUUAAUGCGCAUUACACCAACCUGACCAACAUCACAUUGCCUCCAGAGAUUCUCUAUUUUACACUGGGUAGGGAAAAUAAAAUCCAACGGCCGGUCAGGUGCGCAGAUUUUCAAUAUUCCAAGCAAAUAUCCUACCCCUUUUUUUUUUUUUUUUUUUUUUUUGCAGCGAGAAUCCACUGGUUACCAUCAGACCCCCAACUGGUCUCCGAGGGACUUUACGCAGUGGCUGUGGUGCUGAGCUUUUCCCGAAUUGCGUACAUCCUCCCAGCCAAUGAGAGCUUCGGGCCUCUGCAGAUCUCCCUGGGCAGGACGGUGAAGGAUAUUUUCAAAUUCAUGGUCAUCUUCCUUCUGGUAUUUCUGGCCUUCAUGAUCGGCAUGUUCAACCUGUACUCCUACUACCUGGGUGUCAAGCAGAACGACGCCUUCACCACCCUGGAGGAGAGCUUCAAGACUCUGUUCUGGGCCAUAUUCGGACUGUCCGAAGUUCGAUCGGUGGUUAUCAACAACGGGCACAAAUUCAUCGAGAACAUCGGCUACGUUCUUUAUGGCGUUUACAACGUCACCAUGGUCAUCGUGCUGCUAAACAUGCUCAUCGCCAUGAUCAACAGCUCCUUUCAGGAGAUCGAGGACGAUGCCGAUGUAGAGUGGAAGUUCGCUCGGGCCAAACUCUGGUUCUCCUACUUUGAGGAGGGACGAACCUUACCGGUGCCUUUUAAUCUGGUUCCCAGUCCCAAAUCCAUGCUGUGCCUGUCCAAAAGCAUCAACUCUCUGGUGCAGAAGUAUGUGAGAGGACAAAACGAUGGCAAACACGAGACACAACUGGACAAGAUGGGAGAAGGGAAAAAUUCAACCUUCAGUGGUUCCACCCGUCCCUCUAGAUACCAGAAGAUCAUGAAGCGCCUGAUCAAACGUUACAUCAUCAAAGCUCGAGCUGACCGGGAAAGCGACGAGAUCACAGAAGGCGAGUUGAAGGAAAUCAAGCAGGACAUCUCCAGUCUCCGCUACGAGCUUUUGGAGGAGAAGUCUCAGAAUACAGAGACGCUGGAUGAGCUGAUGAGGAGACUCGGCGACAUCGCCACAACAUCCUGACUCUAUUUUUAUGAUUGUUUGUUUAUAUCUAUGCAGCUUGUAAAGAUUUGUAUAAACAACUGUGCAAGCGAGCUGGUGUAUUUGCAACAUUUUUGUUUCUGCUUCUGGACCAGCACCCGCUGGGUGCAGCACGUCCUGUUGAGUCUUAAUUAGCGACACAAUCUCUUCGACUGCUCUUGAUAAA